AAAUAAUUAACAAACCAACCCAUUUCGGCUCUCUAAAGUAAUACCCACAAAAUAAAAUCGGCUCUCUUUUUCUCUCUAUCUUUGUCUCUCUCUCUCUCUCUCUCGCUCGAAUCAGAGAUGAGUAGUAGAAAUCAUGGAGGUGGUGGGCCUUGCGGCGCCUGCAAGUUCCUAAGGAGGAAGUGCGUGAAAGGGUGCAUAUUUGCACCGUAUUUUGACUCAGACCAAGGGGCGGCUCAUUUUGCAGCGGUGCAUAAGGUUUUUGGUGCAAGUAAUGCCUCCAAGCUGCUCAUGAUGACACCGGCACACAAACGCCUUGACGCUGUUGUGACGCUUUGCUAUGAGGCUCUGGCUAGGGUUAGAGACCCUGUUUAUGGCUGCGUUGGUCACAUCUUUGCCCUCCAACAGCAGGUGGAUAAUUUAGAGGCAGAGUUAGCCGACGUUCAGGCCCGGCUUUCGACGUUGCAACGCCUCCCUCUGCAGCCACAAUCGCAAGCCCAAUGCCCUUCACGUACGAGUCUUCACUCCUCAUCGGAAAUGGCUACUGACUUGAUGAUGUCGACUUCAAACGUAUCCACGCACUUUGAUUUUCCACGACAACAGUCACAGGAUACAACUACUGAACUGACAGGUUUUCCCAAUCCUCUGGUUCGAGAACUUGAGCAUGACCAACUCCAAGCUUUGUCGAGGGAGUUCGUUGCCAGAUACCUUCCAGGAGUUAGAUUCCGAUCUUCCAGUUCUGAUUAAAACUGUUAAACGUUUUUAAUCCUUGACCCGGGCAUGUAGUGUUGAUGCUGAAAUCAAUCUAAUCAAGACGCACCGCACUUCUUUAAGGUUUGUUGGGUUUGUAUAAGUGAAGGCUGGAGAGCUUACAGGGCCUCCAUACAACAAAACCCCACGUAAUCCUAUUUCUGGGCCACCAAAGGCUUAUGGGCCACUGGGUAGUUGGGCUUCAUAAGGCUGCAAGCUUUCGUGUGCAGCUAGUCUGCCAAUGUUUAGUUUCAAAUUUCGUGUGCGCAAGAGGGUAUCAAACUAUCAAUAAUCUUUCCUGCAAAAAUCAGAGACUUCCAAGGAGGACAAACAGAACUGACUUCAAAUUUUGCUAUGUUCAUUUUCAUCACCUGUACGGCGCUGGUCCUCCAAUGCCUCCUGUCAGAUGCACACAACACCAUUUGACGCAAUAGGAGAAAUCUACAACAGAAAAUUCACCAGAAUAUGGGUUUAACCUGACAACCAUAAAUUAAGUACAUCGUAUUUAUGAAAUACAAGUUUGAAAAUGAGAGAUGAAACAGAAUAUAUAUAUAUAUAUAGAAAGGGCACUGAGUUUUCUUAUGACGAACAGUAAGGUCUGUUGGAAAUAAGAGCAAAAGAUUACCACACCAAGUUCAUCUUGAACUUCAAAAUUAUAAUCUAGUAUAAAUAUCUCUAAUCUUC